AUGAGCAAGUGUAACGGGAGGUGCACGCUGGUCGGGUUCUGCUGCCUGCAGCUGGUGGCAGCCCUGGAACGACAGGUCUUUGACUUCCUGGGCUAUCAGUGGGCUCCCAUCCUGGCCAACUUCCUCCACAUCAUGGCGGUCAUCCUGGGCAUCUUCGGGACUGUGCAGUAUCGAUCCAGAUAUCUCAUCAUGUAUGCAGGCUGGCUUGUUCUCUGGGUCGGCUGGAAUGCAUUCAUCAUCUGCUUCUACCUGGAAGUUGGGCAUUUGUCUCAGGACCGAGACUUCAUUAUGACAUUCAAUACAUCCCUGCAUCGCUCUUGGUGGAUGGAGAAUGGCCCUGGUUGCCUGGUGACGCCUGUGCUGAACUCCCGCCUGGCCCUGGAGGACCACCACGUCAUCACCGUCACUGGCUGCCUGCUUGACUACCCCUACAUUGAGGUGCUCAGCAGCGCCCUUCAGAUCUUCCUGGCACUAUUUGGCUUUGUGUAUGCCUGCUACGUCAGCAAAGUGUUCCUGGAGGAAGAGGACAGCUUUGACUUCAUUGGAGGCUUUGAUUCCUACGGUUACCAGGCCCCUCAGAAGACAUCACACUUACAGCUGCAGCCUCUAUACACGUAA